GCAGAAGGAACAGAUGAUGAAGAAGAAUGGAGGGAAACCGGUUUACGAGAGAAACUUGUUUCACGGCACAGAUGAGUCUAUCAUAGAUGCCAUCUGUGAACAGAACUUUGACUGGAGGACCUGCGGUGUCAAUGGAACACCUUAUGGUCAAGGUAAAUCUCUCUAUUGCUAUAUCAAUAGUCACACAAAAGCAAAUGUUUCUGCUAGACCUUUGAAAUGUCUCUAACGCGCUGUCAUUGUUAUUUUCCAGGGAGCUACUUUGCUAGAGAUGCCUCAUUCUCCAACAACUACAUCAAGUCUCAGAGCAGGAGCCAGAAGAUCAUGUUUGUGGCUCUGGUCUUGGUUGGAGAGUUCACCAAGGGACAUGACAAUUACCGUCGUCCCCCUCAGAAAGGCACCAGCAUGGUCCUCUACGACAGCUGUGUCGACUCACAACACAACCCAUCCAUUUUUGUUGUGUUUGAGAAACAUCAGAUUUAUCCUGAAUUCCUAAUUGAGUACUCC